AUGCUCUCCCCGAUCUCCACCUCCUCCUCGGCCGCCACCCAAUUCGCCGCCUUCUCGGCGACCGUUGCCGCGUACGCGGCGGCCACGGCGGGCAACGUGCUGCUCGUCGCGGUCAUCGCGCGCGACCGGGGCCUCCGCUGCCGGCCCAUGUACGCCCUCAUUGGCGCGCUCGCCCUCACCGACGUGGCCGCCUCCUCCGCCGUCCUGCCGCGCCUCCUGGCGAACGUCGCGGCGGGCGGCGCCGCCGUCGUCUCGCUGGCCGAGUGCGUGGCGCAGAUGGCCUUCGUCCACCUAUCGAUCCGCACGCAGGGAUACGUGCUGGCCCUCAUGGCCGUCGACCGCUACGUGGCCAUCGUGCACCCGCUGCGCUACGGCGCCCUCGUCUCGGUCCGCGGGGCCCUCGCGUCCACGGCGGCCGCCGCCCUGGCGUCGGCCGCGAUGGUGGCGGCCAACGUGGCCACGGUCGCCCGCCUCGGCUACCGAUGUCGCGGCGGCAAUGGCAGCGGCGCGGCGUCGCUCGUGAUCCGCGCGCCGUUCUGUGACUUCAUGAGCAUCGCGUCGAUGUCGUGCGGCGGCAACGACCUCGGCGCGCACGCGGCCCUGAGCUACGCCAUCACGGCGCUGACCGUGGCGCUGCCGGCGCUCGCCAUUGCCGCGGCGUACGCGCUCGUGUUAGUCGAGUGCCGCAGGCCCGGCCUGCGCAGCGCCGGCAUCGGCAAGGCGGUGAGGACGUGCGGCACGCACCUCAUCGUCGUGGCGAUCUUCUACGCGGCGAUCCUGCUGUCGCUCGCCAACGGCGUCGCGUUCGGCGCGUCGGCGCAGGGCGCCCGCUCCGCCGUGCAGGCGCUCCUCUGCACCGCUCCCUUCGUGCUCAACCCCGUGGUGUACGGCGUGAGGAUGGAGAGGAUCAAGCGCGGCGCGCUGAGGCUCUGCGGGGCCAGGGGAAGAGCGUUCCAGACGGCCGCCGAAGCAGCGGCGGCCUCUGAAAGCGACCGCGAGAUGCUGUGA